CAAAUUGACCCUCCAAGUCCCUCUCCUAAACAUUUGAGUUUCAGACAUUUGUGCUGACUGGGUAAACCGGCAAGAACUUGAACGGACGUGAGAAGAAAACAUUGGUACAAUGAAGUCUUUAUUCGGGAGUCUCGUCUACUGCAUUUUCCUCUUUGUGUCUGAUGUAUACGGAACGUACAGUUUGAAUGGAUUCGAUCCACAGCAGGUUACUGCUCAAAGUUAUGCUCAACGUAGAAAUAUUGCCCGGCCACCGCUGCGGACGCUCGCUCCUUCAGCAACAGACAAUUCGUGCAGGAGCCGUCCCCUGGACCUGGUCUUCAUCAUCGACAGCUCCCGCAGCGUGCGCCCCGGCGAGUUUGAGAAGGUCAAGAUCUUCCUGGCCGACAUGGUCGACACCUUGGAUGUGGGACCAGAAGCCACCCGUGUGGCCGUGGUCAACUAUGCCAGCACGGUCAAGAUCGAGUUCCUGCUCAAGGCUCACCUGAACAAGCCCAACAUGAAGCAGGCUAUCACCCGUAUCGAGCCCCUCGCCGCCGGCACCAUGACUGGCCUGGCCAUCAAGUCGGCCAUGACCGAGGCCUUCACCGAAGAGUCAGGCGCCCGGCCAAAGUCAAAGAACAUCGCCAAGGUGGCCAUCAUCGUGACAGACGGGCGUCCUCAGGACCAGGUGGAGGAGGUGUCAGCGGCUGCCCGGGGGUCCGGCAUCGAGAUCUACGCGGUGGGGGUGGACCGAGCCGACAUGACCUCUUUGCGGCUGAUGGCCAGCAACCCUCUGGAAGACCACGUGUUCUACGUGGAGACCUACGGCGUCAUCGAGAAGCUCACCUCCAAAUUCAGGGAGACCCUGUGUGGUGUGGACCCCUGUGCCAUGGGACACGACUGUGAGCACAUAUGUGUCAGCAGCAACGCGUCCCAUCACUGCAAGUGUCGGAAGGGCUAUAUCUUGAACCUGGACCAGAAAACGUGUACUCUGAAACAGAUUAAGGCGGUGGUGGUGGUGGAGGACCCUUGUAAGUGUGAAGCCAGACUGGCUUUCCAGAUGCAGACACAGGCCGCCCUCCAGGAGAUCACUGCCAGACUAGCUGACAUGACAGGAAGGGUGGAACAGAUUGAGAACAUUUUGGGACCUGUCUAAGUUGAGGAAGAAACGCAGGGUCAGCCAACCUCCGAUGGCCCCGCCGUCAGUCACGGACCACUGCAACACAGGCAUGUACUGCUACUGCUGUCCUCCAUCACAUCGGAGGAUAUCGACAACAACAGACAGUGGAACUUUGGAUAAACAACACUGCAACAGCUAGAAGGAAAUGAUGUCAGUCCAUGGUUCUUUAAACAAGCUAUUGGUCUUAGGUCAGGACUGUAUCAGGGAAUUAUGGGGGCUAAUGGUGUCAGUCUGUCCAUAUAUGAGCAUCAGGUUCCCACGAAACGUUACAGUAUAUAACGGUAUGCACCUUUUAGAAAUGUGCUAAAUACAUCUAUUGUAUUAAUUCAUUUUCAUCAACUCUGCUACAGCUAACACAUUUGAAAUUUGUUUUUGGAAGUUUCUUUGAAGUAUAUUGAGAAAUUGAAAUCAUGUUCAGUAGGGACCAGUCAGUGAGAGGCAGUGCUUUUAAGAUUUUGUUUUAUUUUAACAGAUUUUAGAAAUGUUAUACUAUAUGAUCAUUUCCAAUCUGGUAGAAAUAUGUCAUUUGUUUUUUGUGCCGCCAUAUAAGGUAUUUCUGUUAGGUUGUGUCAGUGCAAAAUGUUGAACGCUAUAAUGUGAGGAAAAUGUACACCCCCAUGUGUGCUGUGUACGCCAGAAUAAAAAAACAAAUGUACUGAAUAUGUGGCAAUCAAGACCAGGGGAGGAAGUUAUUUUGCACAGUGCCUUUAUCCAUUGAACUACUUGAUGAAUAUUAAAUGGGAAGUUCAGUAUUUUACAAGUUGUUAGAUUGUUUCUCCCUUUGAAAGUAGUCUAGACCAGAAGAAACAGUACUCCAUGGUUCAGUUUCCUUAACAGCCUCUAAAAACCUAAUGACAGGUCGAAGGAAAAUGGCAAGAAUAGUGCAAGUUAACAGGCGGGACACAAACAGACAAUUAACAGCACAAUACAACAGUGGUGUGCAGAACGGCAUCUCUGAAUGCACAACUCGUCGGUCCUUGUCAUGGAUGGUCUAUUGGUCGACCACACCAGGUUCCACUCACAUCAGCUAAAAGCAAAAAGAAGCGGUGCCAGUGGGCACGCCAUCACCAACACUGGACAAUUGAGGGGUGGAAAAAUAUUGCCUGGUCUGAUGAAUCCCGGUUCCUCUUGCCUCACGUUAAGUUAUGAUUUGGUGUAUGCAGCAGGAGUCCAUGGCCCCUUCGUGCCUGGUGUCAACGGUAUAGGCUGGUUGCAGUGGUGUAAUGGUGUGGCGAAUGUUUUCCUGGCACACGUUAGGUCCUUUAAUCACAAUUGAACAAAGUUUGAACGCCACACCUUGUAGAAUCCAUGCCCAAAGAAUUCAGGCUGUUCUGGAGGCAAAGGGGGGUCCGACCCGGUACUAGAUGGGUGUACCUAAUAAACUGGCAACUGAGUGUGUGUGUGUAAAUAUAUAUAUGACACCAACAUCUCAGAUUCAAAACAAAGAGUCACACGUGUUUUUAGCAGCACACCAAGUUUGACCCGCACUCUGACUAGUGACUAUCUGGUGGUAGCAAGUGCAUUACUUUUGUACAUACCGGUAUUCACAUUUUCGAUACAUACUGCUAUAAUUCUGUACACUACAUGUAGAUACAAAAGAAGCUCUAUGUGGUAUUUGUUAUAUAAACCUGGGCUCCCUACGCUUAGGUGUCAGUAUAGGAAGGCAAAUAUUUAAGUCCAGCAACGAUAUUUAUGUUAACACUGUGUUAAAAUGUACUCUGGCUGUAUGGUAGCAGUGAGACCUUUCAGAAACGUAUAGCAUUGGAAGAAGGGGAACGAUCCUUCCAUUCAUGGAUCCAGCAAUGCAGGAGUUUUGAAAGAGUUUACAAUAUUCUGUUCCUGCUGAAUCUCAGUGAGAUGUAACU